GCGGGGCUGUCGGCGGUGGAGGCGGCUGCGGGGCCGGUGGCCUCCUGCCUGGCCCAGCGUCAUGCACACACUUGUGUUCCUGAGUACACGGCAGGUACUCCAGUGCCAGCCCGCGGCCUGCCAGGCCCUGCCCCUGCUGCCACGCGAGCUCUUCCCCCUGCUGUUCAAGGUGGCCUUCAUGGACAAGAAGACAGUUGUGCUGCGCGAGCUGGUGCACACGUGGCCCUUCCCUCUGCUCAGCUUCCAGCAGCUGCUGCAGGAGUGUGCCCACUGCAGCCGGGCCCUGCUGCAGGAGCGGCCCAGCACAGAGAGCAUGCAGGCCGUGAUCCUGGGGCUCACAGCCCGGCUCCACACCCCGGAGGCUGAGGCCGGCACACAGCCCUUCUGCAGGAAGCAUGCACUGCGGGUGCUGGACAUGACGGGCCUCCUGGACGACGGUGUGGAGCAGGACCCCGGCACCAUGAGCAUGUGGGACUGCACGGCAGCUGUGGCCCGCACGUGCAUUGCGCAGCAGCAGGGUGGGGCUGUGGAGCCCGGGCUGGCCCCUGUCCCUGUAGAGGUGCGUGUGGACCUGCGGGUGAACCGGGCCUCGUACGCGUUCCUGCGGGAGGCCCUCCGCAGCAGUGCGGGCAGCCCGCUGCGGCUCUGCUGCCGGGACCUGCGGGCUGAGGACCUGCCCAUGCGCAAUACCGUGGCCCUGCUGCAGCUUCUAGAUGCGGGCUGCCUGCGCCGCGUGGACCUGCGCUUCAACAACUUGGGCCUGCGUGGCCUGUCUGUCAUCAUUCCACACGUGGCCCGUUUUCAGCAUUUGGCCAGCCUUCGGCUGCACUAUGUGCACGGGGACUCGCGGCAGCCCUCUGUGGAUGGCGAGGACAAUUUCCGCUACUUCCUGGCCCAGAUGGGCCGCUUCACCUGUCUGCGGGAGCUCAGCAUGGGCUCCUCCCUCCUCUCGGGGCGGCUGGACCAGCUGCUCAGCACCCUGCAGAGCCCCCUGGAGAGCCUGGAGCUGGCCUUCUGCGCUCUGCUGCCCGAGGAUCUGCGCUUUCUGGCACGGAGCCCCCACGCUGUCCGCCUCAAGAAGCUGGACCUGAGUGGCAACGACCUGUCUGGCAGCCAACUGGAGCCCUUCCAGGGCCUGCUGCAGGCGGCGGCAGCCACGCUGCUGCACCUCGAGCUGACCGAGUGCCAGCUUGCUGACACCCAGCUGCUGGCCACGCUCCCGGUGCUGACUCGCUGCGCCAGCCUCCGCUACCUCGGCCUCUAUGGCAACCCGCUGUCCAUGGCGGGCCUCAAGGAGCUUCUGAGGGACUCGGCGGCACAGGCCGAGCUGCGCACGGUGGUGCACCCCUUCCCUGUGGACUGCUACGAGGGUCUGCCUUGGCCACCACCUGCCUCUGUUCUGCUGGAGGCCUCCAUCAACGAGGAGAAAUUUGCCCGUGUGGAGGCUGAGUUGCACCAGCUGCUUCUGGCCUCAGGCCGUGCCCAUGUGGUCUGGACCACGGACAUCUAUGGGCGCCUGGCUGCAGACUACUUCAGCUUGUGAUCUCUGGGCUUUGGGUGAGAAACAGGCGGUCCAAGAGUCUAGGGCUGUGCGAGGCCCCGCCCGCUCCUGGGCAGGCAGAGCCUUUGCUGGGACCCUGCUGGAGGUCUGACACAAAGGCACCGUCUCUGCUUUCAUCGCCCCUUGGGUGCACGUUGAACCUCCUGCGCAUCCUGCAGUGCCCUGCGCAGUUUGCCCUGCACCUGCUUCCCUGACUGCCCACCUGUCCGUGGGCCUGGGGUCUGGAUUCCAGGCCUGCCCACUCCUGCUUGGUUUGGCUGUACUUGGCUGCCCUCUGGUGUCCUGGUCCUUGCACCCCAGAUCUGAGAGAGAGGGUGUUCUUUCUGGGUCCUCUAGGUUGUGGUUGGGACAGGGGCCUGCUUCAAUGGGGGCUUGGCCCUCCUGCAGUGGGGCCUGUAUUGGCUUUCCCUGCCAUGGCGCCCAGGAGACUGCCCGUGGGCCGGGAUUUGGGGCCAGCGGGUGUCAUUAAGGUACUAAUGUGCAGUGUAUUUGGAACUUAAACCUGUGGCUGUC